CAGAUAUAACUUUAUCAAAUUUGUACAAUGUUUAUUUUUCUUAUCUUGCUUUACUUUACCUAGUUAUUUACAGCUGAUUGGUACAAGUGGUUGUGUUUGCUUUAAUAUCAUUAGAUUCGUAGCCGCCUGAUAAGAGAAACACAUGUGAUAUGUUUCCGGCGUAAUAAUUUAAAUAAUUGUAUCUAUUAUUUUUCAAAAAUAAUUGCAGUGCUUUUGCUCUAUUUAUUUUAAACCAGAAGUUUUUGGUUUGUGCUCCUAUUAUAUUGUCAUUAUUUACAAAAAGUUUAGAAAGUACGCGUUAAAAUUUAAACAAUCACAAAAUAUCUUAUAAAAAUAUUUUUACCUUCAUAAAAAGUUUAGAUUGACGAUUGUGUAAUAAUAAGAAAAAAACAUCGGUAAAUUUUAUAGUAAUUAAGAGAAUAAGAAUUACCUAAAUAUGGCUGCGGGAAUCAUUAUAAUAAUCACUGUCAGUGAUACAUGUUACAAAAACCCUACCAAUGAUACAUCAGGACCAACUCUUGUUGAGCUUGUUAAAUCAUUAUUUCCCCAAUCUACAAUUCAAACCAAUAUCAUUCCUGACGAAAGAAAAAUAAUUGAAGAUAAGCUUAAAGAAUAUUGUAUGAAGAAUGCUGAUUUAAUCAUCACCACUGGUGGUACAGGAUUUAGUAACAGAGAUGUAACACCGGAAGCAACUAGAGCAGUUAUUGAAAAAGAAGCACCAGCAAUAUCAGUGGCAUUAACAAUUGAAAGUCUAAAAAAAACUCCAAUGGCAAUGGUUUCACGUUCAGUAAGCGGUAUAUGUGAUAAGACACUCAUUAUAAAUUUUCCAGGCAGUAAGAAAGCUGUUAUAGAAUGCUUCGAAGUUGUUAAGCCGAUAUUGCAUCAUGCAAUCGAAAUUAUUAAGAAUGAUACAAAGAAAGUUAAGUCUGUUCAUGAUUCGAUGCAAGGUCAUGUUUGUCCGCAUAAAAUAAGUAGUGUAGAUGUAACAAAAGUAGCAUUAAGACCUAGAGAAUCUCCGUAUCCUAUGUUAGAAAUGACUGAAGCUUUUAAUAUAGUUGACUCGGUAAUGAAAAAGUGGGUUGGAACUGUACAACAAGUUAAUAUAGAAAAUGGAUUAGGUUAUGUUGUUGCUGAAUCUCUUUAUGCUAAAGAACCAAUGCCACCAUUUCCAGCAUCUAUUAAAGAUGGUUACGCCUGCAUCAGUUCAGACGGCGCGGGUGUCCGACGUGUCCGCGCGGCGGUCUCGGCCGGGGAUAGUUUCGAUCUGCCGCUGCAGCCCGGAGAAUGUGCACGUAUAAAUACCGGCGCUCCACUGCCGCCCGGCGCCGAUUGUGUAGUACAGGUGGAAGACACGAAGCUUAUUUCGGCAACGCCAGAUAACGAAACGGAGUUGGAAGUUGAAAUACUGACAGCACCGAAACCACAGCAGGAUGUGCGACCCAUCGGCUUCGAUAUCACUUUGGGUGACCCUCUAGUUACUGAAGGUGCGGUGUUAGAUGCAGCGUUACUUGGUGUUCUAGCAGGAGCUGGAUAUCAGAACGUCAGAGUCAGGACUAGACCUGUGGUGGCAAUAUUGUCUACUGGCAAUGAGCUCCAAGAUCCAUCAGAAGUGACGCUCAAGCCGGCGCACAUCCGUGACUCCAAUCAGACCAUGCUAAAGGCACUCCUCAAAGAGCAGGGCUACACUAGCGUAUGCAUGGGCGUGGCUCGCGAUGAAGCGGGCGCGUUGCGGGCGAGCGUGGCGGCCGCGCUGCGCACAGCCGAUGUACUCGUUUGUACUGGCGGCGUCUCCAUGGGCGAGAAGGACCUCCUCAAACCUGUGCUUACACAAGAUUUUGACGCGACGUUGCAUUUUGGUCGUGUGCGUAUGAAGCCCGGCAAGCCGAGCACAUUCGCCUCCUGUCAGUUUGAAGGAAAAACUAAAUACAUUUUCGCUUUGCCUGGUAACCCAGUGUCAGCGUAUGUAUGCUGUUUGUUAUUUGUGAUACGCGCAUUACGUGUCUGCGAGCAUCGGAAUGCCGAGUUCCCGCGCAUGCGCGUGCGUCUCACCAAACAGUUCCAACUCGACCCACGACCGGAGUACGUCAGAGCAGUACUCAAGUUCACUGAUGAUAUACCAUCCGCUGAAGUCUUAGGAAAUCAGUGCAGCAGUCGUUUGCUGAGUGCUUGUGGGGCGAGCGUACUGUUAGAAAUGCCACCAGCUGAUAAAGACCUGCGUUGUCUAGCCGCUGGUACUGUAGUGCCGGCCAUCAUCACUGGCCGAAUGGAUCUAAAUUAAUAUAAAUAUGAUACUUGCCAAAGAUUUAUAUGUUUGAAUGUAGAUUGACUUACAUUGGUUUAUUAAAAAUGGUUAUUGUGUGUUUAGCACGGAUUUAAUUUCAAAAAAAGAGUUAGUACUAAAUGCACUGAUAAUUAUAGGCAAUAUUUGUAUACAAAGAAAUUUGUUGAUGGUUUAUGUAGAAUUUAUUUAUUUACUAAGAAAUAAAUGUAGUUAUAUGUUUUCUUGUGAUGAUUUUCUUUUAUCAGUUUUUACUUAACUUUCAUUUUGUUCCUAAAAUCAUGUUAUAGUUAAAAUUGGUUAUGUUUCGGUUUUUUUAGAUGUUUUAAGCCGGCAACACACUUUUAAUUUUAAUUCAAACUGUACAGUUAACCAUAACUUAAGGUGUGUAGCAGGCUUUAUAAAAAAAAGGUUUGUAAUAUGGAUCUGAUAAAAUCAUUACGCGAUUAUAAAAUAAUUCGCACAUAUUUUUGUAAAAUAAAAAUAUACAUUUGUUAUAU